AUGAAUAAAUUUAGGUUAAUUUAUUUCAAUAUAAAAUUUAACAAAUAUACUGAUAAUCACAAUCUUGACAGAAAAUUAUUUUUACGAACUUUUCGAUUUCUAGCAAAAUGUAAGAAAGAUAACUAUUCAAAUAUUAAGGAGUUUAAAGAAGGCAUACCACAUAUUGGAGUUAAGGAAAAAAAAGAUAUAACUUAUAAUGAAAAGAGAUUAGUAGCAAAAUACAAACAUUCAAAUGGAAGUUCAUUAAAUAAAGCACAAUACUAUACAGAAGUUAUAGAUUACAAUAAUGGAAUGUUUGAUGGAAAACAUUUUCAUUAUGAAAGAAAAUGUAUCAAAAAAAAAGAUUAUGAUUAUUUCCUUAAAAGAAAAAAGAUAAUUGGUGAUAUAGCUUUAAAAAAAAUAAAAUUUAGAAAUUACGGGUUCGGAGUUGCUCUAUUUUUUAUUUUUUUCUUGUUGGGAAUAGGAAUACCCUCAUUAUACGGAAUAAACUCCUUGAAUAUUAAAUGGGAAAAUAUUGGAAGCUCUGAUUUUUGGAAGCAUUUCAAAGAACCUAUGGAAAGCAUCGUUCCCAGAUCUAUAGCACCUUAUAUGAAUAUAAUAUCAUUUAGCAUCCUUAUAGUUAUAAUAUCUAUUAUACUUUUAGUAGCGAUUUAUAAGAUCCUAAGAAAUAAUGAAAAAUAUAACAAAAUUAAGUUAAUAAAGGAUUAA